AGCCCUACAUUCCCGCUCGUACUCUCACAAGCAACACACGCUCUCUACAUAUCUUCCAAAAUGUCUUACUACGCGAACAACGAAUACAUAAUCGCGACUGACAACUCGAUCAACGAGAACAGAUACAACAGUGAAAAGAUGAAAAGCAGCGGCUUCAAGGCGUUACUGAAGCCGAUCAUGAAAAUGAUUAAGAAAACAACGAAGCGCGUUCCCGCCAAAACGGUCGACACGUGCUACGAGGAAGACCAGAACGCUUGUAACGAAGCUUUGGAGAAGAAGAUCUACAGCGAGAUGGACGCGUGCCAAUCUGCCGCGUUCCUCGUGCCAAACCACGACGACUCUUACGACUUGGUGCCGAUUUCUCGCGAAGACUUCUACAUCCCAGUACAUUUCGCACGCACAGACGCCGGCACCUUCUUCUGGACCACAGUCUCCAAGACAGAGGCGGACUUCGCGACCGCUCACUGCUAUACCGAGUGCCAAACCGCCGAGCAGCAAUACCCACUCCACGAUCGCUGGGUCCAAGCCUAAAUGAAAAUAACGAUACAACAAUCAGUGUCUUCCGUGAAACCAGUGCCAUGGUUUCGGCAACCGUCUGUGAUGUUAGCUUUAAAUUAUUCUAUGGUGCCAUAAGUUAGGGUUAGGUGAUCGUGAUAGCUCCAGGAAAAGCUUUAACUGUACUUUUUCACUUGGUGUUUGUGAUAUUUUGAUAUUGUAUAAAUUUAGAUGUAGCCGAUCUCGUCGAGGUCACACUUCCAAGCUUUAAUUGUUUUAGGGAUAGUAAUUUAUAUAUUUUACAUGUUGUAAAUGAGUCGAUGACUUGAAAACGUUGAAAAUAAAACAAGAAAUGAAAAUUA